GUACAGAGACAGACAAACCGAGGAGGAGGAGGAGGGCCCACCAGCCACCACGGCGGCGGCGGCGCCAUCACCAACCCACACCCACACCUACUACUACGACGACACAAGUAGUGGUCGUCGAAUCCGCGGCGGCGCUCGCCUGAGCUUGCGCUGCACCUGCACGCGGCAUAUGCCUCACCGCCCUCACCUGGCUCAGCUCCGCCGCCUCCUCCUCCUGCCUUGCUCCUCCGUCCCCGUCCCCGUCCCCGCCCGCCGCCUCUCCUCCCCUCGCGCCAUGGCCUCCUCCUCCGUCUCCGCCGCCGCCGCCGCCGCGCAGGCAGGUGGUGCUGUGGCGGCAGCGGAGUACGAGGACGUGAUGGGGCGGCUCUCCUCGCUCAUCACGCAGAAGGUGCGGGCGCACAGCGGCAACCGGGGAAACCAGUGGGACCUCAUGGCGCAUUACCUCCAGAUUCUGGAGCUGGAGGAGCCGAUCGCGCGGAUGAAGGUGAUUCACGUUGCCGGGACCAAAGGAAAGGGUUCAACAUGCACAUUCACAGAGGCAAUCCUGCGAUCAUGUGGUUUCAGCACAGGGCUGUUCACCUCACCACAUUUGAUGGAUGUCAGGGAGCGAUUCCGGCUAAAUGGGGUGGAUAUUUCCGAAGAAAAGUUUUUGAAAUACUUCUGGUGGUGCUGGAAUAAGCUCAAGGAGAAGACUGAUGAUGAUAUUCCCAUGCCAACCUACUUCAGAUUCCUUGCAUUGUUAGCAUUCAAGAUAUUCUCAGCUGAACAGGUUGAUGUUGCUGUUCUCGAGGUUGGCCUUGGAGGGAAGUUUGAUGCAACUAAUGUGGUUGAAGCACCUGUGGUUUGUGGAAUAGCUUCCCUUGGAUACGACCAUAUGGAAAUUCUUGGAAACACACUUGGAGAAAUUGCUGGUGAGAAGGCAGGGAUUUUCAAGAAGGGAGUUCCGGCCUACACUGCUCCACAGCCAGAAGAGGCAAUGAUUGCUCUGAAACAAAGGGCUUCAGAAUUGGGUGUUUCACUCCAAGUUGCACAUCCUUUGGAACCCCAUCAAUUAAAGGAUCAACAUCUUGGACUGCGUGGUGAACACCAAUAUGUAAAUGCUGGCCUUGCAGUUGCAUUGGCUAGUACAUGGCUUGAGAAGCAAGGACAUGUGGAAAGAAUACCACUGAACCGAACUGACCCGUUACCAGAUCAGUUUAUUAGUGGGCUGUCAAAUGCCUCUUUGCAAGGCCGAGCGCAGAUCAUUACAGAUUCACAAGUAAACUCAGGAGAGGAAGAUAAAGACUGUUCUUUGGUUUUCUAUUUGGAUGGGGCUCACAGUCCUGAAAGUAUGGAAAUUUGUGCUAGAUGGUUUAGCCAUGUCACUAAAGAGGAUAGGACAGUACCAUCUUCCAUGGUGCAGUCUCAGUCUUGUGGCAACUCUCAAAAGAUUCUUCUAUUCAAUUGCAUGUCCGUGAGGGAUCCUAUGAGGUUGCUUCCGCAUCUUCUGGAUACAUCAACUCAAAAUGGGGUCCACUUUGAGAUGGCUCUUUUUGUGCCAAACCAAUCACAAUACAACAAGCUUGGUACCAAUUCAUCAGCUCCUGCAGAGCCUGAGCAAAUUGAUUUGUCAUGGCAAUUGUCGCUUCAAAGAGUGUGGCAGAAAUUACUUCAUGGUGAUAAAGGUAUGAACAACACAAAUUCCAGUGAGAACAGUCUGGUUUUUGAAUCACUUCCACUGGCAAUGGAGUGGCUGAGGACAAAUGCCCGACAAAACCGAUCAACUUCUUUUCAGGUCCUGGUUACUGGCUCCCUGCAUCUCGUUGGUGAUGUGUUGAGAUUGGUCAAGAAAUGAUACUUCUUCUUGGAACGAUAUACACUUAGAAGUUCAAAUUGACGCUGAGCCAAUUUCGCGGUUUACGUUUGAGAUCCCCUGACGGCAACCGGGCGGUUACAGGAUACAACAAUUUCAAUUUCAGGUGUUUUGGAUUCUAUGCUGACCAGGCAGCGAGCAUAUCGCGUAUACUCUUCUUGUUAUGUGUUUCAUGGCUCCUUUUUGCCACUAAUCCGUAUUCUUUACCCAGAAAACUUCAAUGCCCAUUACAACAAGUAAUAAAUUGAAUACAUGAAUAAGAUGGUGGCAAUCAUGAAUAGGAUACACUUUUCUAAGCUUC